AUGCAGAACGAAGGUUGUACAAACUGCGGGGACAACAGGCACACGUCAGGUUCGGUACGUUGUAGGGCGCGUGACGCGGAGUGCACCGCCUGUCAUCAGAUCGGCCACUACGUCCGGAUGUGCGCCCUGUACCGAGGGCCCAGGCAGGCAAGAGCUCCAGCUCCGAUCGACAGGUCGCAGGAAGCAAUCGAGUUGCUACAGGCCAUCAUGAUCUCAGGGAGAGCCAGUGUGUCAAUCCAGGUCCAGGUUCAGCCAAUUCGUGAGGUACCGUAUCAGGCAGUCCCGGAAGAGCAGGAGGAGCAGGAGGAGCAGGCCGGCGAGGAACAGGAGGAGGUGGUCGCCCAGGGACAAGAACUUCAGGCGGAAAUCGAGCCGCAGGUGAAUGAGAUCGGCGGAGAGGAACCAGCCAGGGUACAGCCGGAGUCCACAAGGUGGCGAUGCCCAAUAUGCAUGGACGAGGCCCGAAACGCCGUCGUGACCACGUGUGGUCACUUAUUGUGUUGGGCGUGCCUGUGUCGAUGGGUCGCCGAGGGAACGGCGGGGGAAUGCUGCCCUGUUUGCCGGUCGGAGAUCCGACUCGAGAGAUCGAUACCGGUCUUUGGUACCGAGACCGACGAGGACGACGAGGGCGAGGACCUGCCGCCGAGACCUAGAGCCCUCUACGUGACCAGAGAUGAGAGGAGACGAUUGUACUAA